AUGCAGCAGCAAAACUCAGGCUCGGGUGCAUAUGGCUCGAACGGGUCGUCGGGUGCGACGGGCUUCAGCGCGUUCGGGAGACCACAACAGAACCCUUCGAGCAGCAUUCCACCAAAUACCUUCUUUCGACCACCAUCUCAGGGCGCACAACCGUCGGCUUUUUCGUCUGGCUUCAACAAUGGGCAGCAACAACAACAGCAGCAGCAGCAGCAGCAGCAGCAGCAGCCCCAGCAAGGUCCUGCAUUUGGCGCACAGCAACCUUUCAACAGUGGCGGACCGCGCCCCCCAUUUCAGCAAUCCGGCUUUGGCACACCUCGCCCCUUCAAUAGCGGACACCAGCCUCGACCACAGCGUCCCAGCUUCAACGGACCGCGACCUGCCAUGAACGACCAACAGUCGUCGUCCACGUUCGGCAGUAGACCGAGACCGUUCACAGCCCGACCGACGGGGCCGAACAUGGCACAAGAGGGAGGAAGGCCCCCAAAUUCGAAUAGCUUCCGAGGAGGAAGAGGUGGAGGCAGCAUUCGUCCCAUCAAGCCUUUCGUAUCUCAUGCGAAUGCGAAUCAGCAGUCGGCAUCGGCUUACGGCAGCAGCGAUACAAGCAUGGAAGCGGGGCCGAGCAACCAGCAUGCGCCUCGACCACGACCACGACCUUUUGCCAACAAGUCGACUACUUUCAAUACACAGCCGCCGCAAUCUCAACCCGCGGCCUCCUUCGCUGCGCCAUCCAACAGUCAGAGUACAGUUUCGACAUCUUCCUUUGGUACAGGCGCCGCUUCUCAGAAUGAGGCAAAUUUUGCUGGUGCAUCCUCCUUCGGUCAGCCCAGCUCGUCGUUCUCAUCCACACAGACGUCGAGCAGCUUUGGAGCAAGCGCUUCUGCUUUUGGAUCCUCGGCCGGUGCAAGCAACACCGCUCCUGCGACGUCAGCAUUUGGAGGGGGUACCAAGCCAAGUGCAGGCCCCACCUUUGGAUCAACAUCGUCGCAACCCUCAGCUUUCGGAAGCGCCACAGGACCUUCUGCUCCCUCCUCUGCCUUCGGAGGAGCAAGUCAUAGCGGAUCUUCGUUCGGUAGCUCAUCAUUUGCAGCAACCCAACCGCAAGCACGACUGCAAACGAGCGCCACCCCAAAUUUACCCUCUGCCGCACCACCUGCCUCCAACAGCAAUCCUCCUCCAGCUUCCUCCACCGCGCCAACAAGCUCCUUUUCCAACUUUCUCCGCAAGGACCGCGGUGGCGCCUCCACACCGGGCAGCGGCGCUGCUACUCCCUUUGCGUCAGUGGGCGACCAUGCCGCAACCGCAACCGCAGCGGACGAGGACGAGCUGCGCAAGAAGCGCUUCGAAGAUGCUCCCAAAGUCGGCAACCGCUUUCUCGAAAUGAAAGGUGGCCGCGAAGCGCUUCGAAACGCCUACAUCAAGUCCGGCGUGCUUCCGGACCCGGACAAGCCCACUGAUCUCGCGUUGGCCGUCAAGCUGGUGGGCACGUGUCAGGACAUGUGUCCCGAAUUCGAGCGCGAAGAGCGUGAGUUUCAGAAGGAGCUUGACCCGCUCGAACUGUACCCGGGCACAGACCGAGUCGAUCCGCGCAUUGCUGUAAAGAUCUACCGCCGUCCAGCUGCGGGUCGAGAGCUGCCGUUGCCGGAAGACGUUCGUCCGCCACCUGUGCUCAAACGCACGCUCGACUACCUCUUCCACGACCUCUUGCCUGCUGAUCCGAACAAUCCGAGGUUCACUCAGGUUCAGGGUUUUCUGUGGAACCGCACACGAGCGGUGCGUCAAGACUUCAUCGUACAGAGUGAGGGUGGGCCCAUCGCGAUCGAGUGCCACGAGCGCAUUGCGAGGUAUCACAUCCUCUGUCUGCACUGGCGCGGUGGACCAGGUGCCGAAGGCUGGAGUGAGCAGCAGGAGCUCGAGCAGCUGCGAAAGACCAUGCGCAGUCUCAUCGAGUUCUACGACGACCAUCGCCGAAAGUUGUCCUCCAGUGCGAACGGCAGCGGCGUCGGCGACAGUCGUCAGCAGACGUCUCCCAACGAAGCAGAGUUCCGUGCCUACAACCUCUUGCUCCACCUGCGCGACCCCGAGACUCUCCGGGAAGCCGAACUGCUGCCCGGCGACAUCUUCCGGUCGCCUCUGGUGCAAACCGCAAUCAAGCUGCGGGAGCUCGCGCAGCGCUCCAACAACCUCGAGAAGCGCGGACAGCCGAGAAACACCGAGGCGACGCUCAACUUUUUCUCCAAGUUCUUCGCCGAGCUGCGCAAGCCGAACGUGAAUUAUCUCAUGGCGUGUCUUGCCGAGAACUCGUUCGGAUCCGUGCGCACUGGGGCGGUGAAAGCCAUGGCCAAGGCGUACAUGGCGCAGCAUCGAGGCCUGCCGGUCGAGAGGCUUCAGCAUGUGCUGGGCAUGGACUCGGCCGAGCAGGUGGUGGGGAUGGCCACGCAUCUGGGGCUCGAGCUCGAAUACGAGGCGGAUGCGCCGGCGGGGGUCAAGAUCCACCGAAGCGCGACAAUCAACGAGGACAAGCCUCUGGUGACUCCUUUCAGUACUACCAUUGUAGAGGUAAAGCGGGGGUCAUAUACGAGUGCCGAUGUCGUCGAUGGGCGUGCGUCAGGUGCCAGAGCCGUCCCUAAUCAGGUACAAGCACGAACGCGAGGUUCGACAACAUCGGUAUCGUCAACGCAAGCUUUUGGGCAGAGUGCUCCAAAUGGUGCGACACCAGCGUUUGGCAUGAAGAUGCAACAGCAGCAGCCCGGGUCACAUUUCGGUCCCACGGCUCCUUCUUCACCAUUGGGGCAGCCUCAAUCGCAGCGAGAUGCAAAUCAGUCUCCCGCUUUCGGUUCCGCUUCUCCAUCGAAAUUCUCCGCUACUGCCCCGUCUUUCACACCGGCAUCACUUGGCGGCUCCAACUCUGGAAAUGCAAGCUCAACGACGGCUUCCAGCCCCUUUGGCUCCUUCUCCGGCUUUGGGAACAAUGACGUAAAGAAGGACAGCGCCGCCCCGAAAGCAGGUCUGCCGAGUUUUGGUGCUUUUGGUAAGGACUCAUCGCAGCCUAAGAAAGAGCCUGUCGCUGCGCCCUCACAUUUCGGCAACAAGUCGAUCGUGUCCAGCACACCACCUUCGGACACGCAGUCCAAAGCCUCUUCGCUCCCGAGCUUCUCCUUCGGUCAGCCGGCUGCGAAGGGCUCUAGUGGCGCGUCUGCUGCAGAGAGCACUCAGAACAAGCCUGCGCCGUCGUUUUCUUUCGGCAGUUCGGCCAAAACAGAGUCUGGGACCAGCAAGCCUGCGAUGCCCUCUUUCUUCGGCUCGUCACUGGCCAAGCAGGCUGGGAGCGACAACCAGGAGCAGACGCUUUCUGCUGCUCAAACGCCUCCACAGCCUGCCGAUGCCAAGCAUAUUGGCCUGACCGCAGCAAGCAGCGCGCCGAAGCGACGCACCUCUGAUCCGAAGGAGAAUGUCGCAGCGCAGGCAGCUGCCGCUGCCAAGAUUGAAGCGGAAAAGAAAGCGCAAGCCAAGCGCAAAGCCUCUGCACGGGCGGCGUACGCCGUCGAGCGCGCGUUCAACAAGCUAUCUGACGAUGUGGUUCGGUCUCUGUCGGAGAAGGUGGCGGCGCGAGCAGUGCAGGAAGAAGACGUGCGACGUCGAGCUGCAUCGAGGGACGAGCUGUUGGCGCGCAUCACGGAGAAGCUCUGGCAGCAGUUGGCGGAGGAACAUGUGGCAGAGGCAGCGGAAGAGGCAAGUCGGGUGGCAGCUGCCCAAAUGUUCCGGUCGCGAAGCUGCGCCAUGCGGGCCUGGUCGCGCUGGACGGAGGUGCUACAGGAGCGCAGGGAUCGUGAGCAGCAACGACAGCGGCUGGAGGAGAUUCGUAGUGAGAUUCGGCGCAGGAACAUCCUCGGCCGCGUCCAGGCAGACGCCGCACCCUCAGUGAAAGCUGCGAGCAAAGCAUCCACCCACGACGAGACGAGUCCCAUCCGACAUGCGUUUUCCAUCCGUCAGGCGCUUCUCACGGGCGAGCGAGUCCCGGCAUCCAAUCCCACGCCAAGGCUCAAACGCAAGCUCGAAGACGAACCCAUGUCGCUCUCCGAAGGCCGCGCGUCUCUGCAGGGAGACGCCGAGCUCACCGAACGCUGGACCCGCGUGCGACGCCAACGCAGUCAGCUCUGGGCUGAGGGAUCGCUGCUCCACCGCCUAGCCGACCACAUCGAGGAGCUGCUGCUGCACUUCCGACCCGCCGAGCUGGACCGGCUCGUGAUCCUGUACUCCGGAGCUCCCGGGCAGCAUGUGGCCUCUAGCUGGCUGCGCGUCAAGUUCGGCUUCUCCCCCGCCGCCCCUGUCGAAACCGCAGGCACCGAGGUCGGACGCGAUGUGCUCGAGAUCGAUCUUGCCGACGGGUCGCAGCUCGAGCUCGUUGAUGUGACACCAACGUCCGUGGGGGGUCGGGUUGAGCUCGAGGCGGUGCUGCCGGAACAGCUGGAUGAACAUAGUCAGCCGGGGUUGGUAAUCUUUGAAACCAGUCCUGGCGCCGCUCAGGCGGCGACGGCUGCAGAGAGGCGGCGGGUGAUUGUGGAGGAUCGGAGGAGGCUGGAGGACGUGGCCAAGUCGAAACUUGUCCAGGGCAGCCAGUUGGCAUGUCGACUGCUGGUGAUUAGUUGGGGGAGUGCAGAGGCAGGGGUGGAACGACCGAGCACGGCUGUGGUGCAGGACGAUGACGACGUAGAGAUGUCUGAUGUGAACUCGAGCGGCGGAUCAGGGCAACAGGAAACCCUGCUCGCCUCGCUGGGAGUCGAUGCCGCCAAAACCAUCCGCAGUCGCGCCAGUCCCAUCCAUCCCACACCACACACAAAGCCAUCGGCCGUCAUCGCGCGCGCAUUCGACAAAGUCGGCGUACUCGAACUGGACGAUGCGUCGGUCUCGGUCGAAACCACGCUGUCCACCUUGCUGGCACGAGCCAUGCCCGACCUGGCACCCAACGCGGCGCUGUACUUGAGCGCAGGACGCCGCCGAGCGACGCUGGAAGACGUCGCGCUCGGGUUCUACGACCAGUGGGGGCGUACGGCUGCGCUGCUGUUCGACUUGCUGUCUGGGCUCCCGCCGCCACUGCUGCUGUCCGCACGCGCAGAUGGCUCGGCGGAGGGGGUGGAGCAGCUGGCGGCAAAGACAUUGCGGAUCUUGACUGCGCUCGCAAACCACGUCCUGCGCACAGUCGUCAACUUGUCCGAGACGAUCUUGGACGAGGACAACGCAUCGGAAGAGGGCAGACUCGAGAUCCCGCCUCCGUCUGCGUCUGCGUCUGCGUCUGCGUCUCCUGCCUCCACUUCCAAGACUGGCCCCGCGGGGCAAACGCUCAUCAGCAUGGCGCUGUCGCAACUCGAGCAGCUACCGGACGACGACGCGGAGCAGAAGCUGCACCUGCGCUCGAGUCUGUACUCCUCUGUGCAACCGCAAUGCGCGGAGCUGGGGCCCGUGCUGGCCGCAGUCAACCGCACGCACAUCGACCGGCUGUUCCGCUACGCGCUCGAGAAGCUCAGCCGCGUGUGGAUCGGCGUCAAGCAGCCGGCGUCCGCGGAGGAGUGGGCCGAGGCGCACGAGACAUUUGCCAGCUUGUGCGCGGCCGCUGUGGACGAGGUGGCGGAUGGGGCGAGGCGCGUGUGGGCGCAGUUCAGGGCGGCAGAGAAGGCGUGCGUGCGGGGUCGCGCGAUGGAGGAGGAGGAAGAGGACGAGGACGAGGUGGUUGUCACGGGGCAGGGGCAGGGGGGAAAGGUGGGCGAGUUGAGAGACUUGAUUGCCCAGACGAGGCGCUUCCUCGACGCUCGACCAGCACACGCGUAA